GUUUUAAUCAUUUUGUGUUGCACUUUUUUAAGCUAUAUAAUGCUGCAGCUUCCAGAUAUCAGAUGCCAGAUAUGUGUGCGUUUAUGUAUGUCGGUAUCUUUUCACUCAGGUCCGAUCGACGCCCUUCGCCGUCGAUCCGGCUCCACUUCGGCGAGUAGUGAAUGGUCUCCGAUCUUGAGCUAUGGCAGCCGUCUCUCUUUCUCUGACUUCGAUUGCCAUCUCCAGACUGCCAUUUAUUGGGAUAAAAGUAAGCGAUACUGGCUGAUAAAUGGAUAAGCAUAAACUAUAAAGUCCUCGGCUCGGCAUGCAAAAGGUUUUCUCUGUGGUGGAUGGAUGCAGAUUGGUGGCUACGAAAGAAGAGUUCUCGUGUUCAUAUCAAUAUUAGUCAGCUAAUGAUAAAUUACGCUUGGAAAAUCAUGUUUAGAAAGAAUCUAAGCUAUAACACACCAAAUCAUGCUCGUCAGCCCAUUCGGCUUGUGAAGAUUUGUAAUUGUUCAACAGUGCUCACAAUUUAGCUGCGGUUUCCCUUCACUUCGGCUACCGAAUUUGACGCGCGUUGCGCACGACCACUUUUCGCCAAUCAACAAUACCUGUCUGGAAGGGAAGGCGGCAGGCGCAGGCUGUUGAGGCUGUUGAGGUGCGUGCUGUCGUUGAGAAGAUUCUAACAACUGAAGAACACCAAUAGCAGUUGCAUUGUGAAUUAAAUAUUUGAAAAGAUUUUGCUAUGGCAUAACUUUUGCAAGAGAUGCAUGGUGUGCUUUAUGUAAAAUGGUAUUAAGGUAGUGAAUUUAAGUAGCAAUGCCUAGAAUUGUAGGCAAAAGAGUUGUUGGGAUGAUCAUCAGGUCAAGAAAAUCUCUGAGGAAGGAAGGAGUGUUGAGUUCGGGCAUCGGCGAGCCGAGCGUCUACCAUGCGCUGGUGGUCAUCUUCCUCGAGUUUUUCGCCUGGGGCCUGCUGACCACGCCGAUGAUCACAGUGCUGAAUGAAACUUUUCCGAACCACACAUUUCUCAUGAAUGGCCUUAUCGUAGGAAUAAAGGGUCUGCUGUCGUUCCUCUCUGCGCCGCUGCUGGGCGCGCUCAGUGACGUCUGGGGCCGCAAGGUGUUCCUGCUGGUCACAGUGUUCUUCACGUGCGCCCCCAUCCCGCUGAUGCGGCUCAACACGUGGUGGUACUUUGCCACCAUCAGUAUAUCGGGCGUGUUCGCCGUCACCUUCUCCGUAGUGUUCGCGUACGUGGCGGACGUCACAGAGGAGGCUGAACGCUCGGCCGCCUACGGACUGGUGUCUGCGACGUUCGCGGCCAGCCUGGUGACGUCGCCGGCGCUGGGCGCCUACCUGGCCCAGGUCUACGACGAGAACAUGGUGAUUGCGCUGAGCACGGCCAUCGCCGUGCUGGACGUGCUCUUCAUCCUGGUGGCCGUGCCCGAGUCGCUGCCGGAGAAACUGCGCCCCAACAGCUGGGACAAGACCAUCACCUGGGAGCAGGCCGACCCCUUCGCCGCUCUGAAGAAGAUCGGCAAGGACCGGACGGUGCUGCUUCUGUGUCUGGCCGUGUUCCUCUCCUAUCUGCCUGAGGCCGGACAGUACUCGUGCUUCUUCGUCUACCUGAGACUGGUGAUGAAGUUCAGCCAGGAGGCUGUGGCCAUGUUUAUCGCCACCGUGGGCAUCCUGUCUGUGAUCGCGCAGACGGCCGUGCUCAGCUUCCUGAUGCGCACCAUCGGCGCCAAGCACACCAUCAUGGUCGGACUCGUGUUCGAGAUGCUCGAGCUCAUGUGGUACGGUUUCGGCUCCCAGACGUGGAUGAUGUGGGCGGCCGGCUCUCUCGCGGCCAUGGCCAGCAUCUCGUACCCGGCCAUCUCGGCCUUUGUCUCUAUGCACGCCGACGCCGACAAACAAGGCGUCGUGCAGGGCGUCAUCACGGGGAUGCGCGGCCUGUGUAACGGCCUGGGCCCGGCGCUGUACGGCUUCAUCUUCUACCUGUUCCACGUGGACCUCGAGGACGAGGCCAAGCUGCAGGCGGGCGGCGACGUGCGGCCGGCCAACGCCACGCGGCAGCACCCGGGCAUGCCGGAGCUGGUGCCCGGGCCGCCGUUCGUGUUCGGCGCCCUGCUGGUCAUCUGCGCCCUGCUGGUGGCCGCCUUUAUACCGGACGCGCCGAUCGCGGGCGGCGCCUCGUCGCUGCGCGGCUCCGUCAGAAAGGCGUCAGGUAAUUCAAACGAAUUGCACUACGAAUUCGGGCACAAGAAGAAGGACAGCCUGGACGGCGAGGCGGCGCCGCUCGAGGACUCGCUAUAGCCGCCCGUCGGCUCCGUCCCGGGCCGCGUGACGGCGGCCCGCUGCCCGCAAACAUUCCACGGCGCGCCGCGCGGCCGCCCCCGCCGACCACGGUGUCCCAGUCUGUGUGAGGAGCGCGGACCGGCGGCCGGCCCGGUCCGCCAUUCAGUCAGUGUGUGCCGUGUCUGUGAGUGAGCGACUGUGAGCGACUGUGUGUGUGUGAGAGAGUGGUACGGAGGCGCCGGGCGCAGGGCGGCAGGUCGGCGCCGCCCGGCUGUGACCAGAGCCCAGCGCCGCACGCACGCAGCGCCGAGACGCGCCGCUACAAUCUCGUGACUGUUUUAUUUCUCAUGCAUUGUUGGUGGGGACCGUCUGCCGUUUUUCGUAAAAUAUAAUGUGUCCAAAUAUGGAUGUUGACGUGUUCGCAAAAUGAUCUAUGUGAAGUUCAUAAAAGCAGAAUAAAGGUAUUUUGCCGAA